AAAUCAAUGACUACAGCAGACCAGAAUUCCACAAAUUGAAACUAAUCGCAGUUUCUGGUUGACCAGCAUUCAUAGGAAUGAAGACAAACUCAGAGAUGGUGUGUCUAAGAAACUUCAAAAGGUGUAGACCUCCUGACUGAAGCACAGCUGAAAUAUCUCAUUUCUUUUCAUUAUAUUUCUGUACUCGUAUAAAGAGAAGUCAUGAUUACACUAACAGAGCUGAAAUGCCUAGCAGAUGCCCAGUCUUCGUACCACAUCUUAAAGCCAUGGUGGGACGUCUUCUGGUAUUACAUCACUCUCAUCAUGCUGCUGGUGGCUGUGCUGGCCGGAGCGCUCCAGCUUACGCAGAGCAGGGUUCUGUGCUGUCUUCCAUGCAAAGUGGAAGUCGACAAUCACUGCGCUGUGCCUUGGGACAUCCUGAAAGCCAACAUGAACUCAUCCUCUAAUGCUGAGUCACCACUUCCUCUCCCCCUCCGUAUCCAGAACGAUCUCCAUCGGCAGCAGUACUCCUACAUUGAUGCUGUCUGUUAUGAGAAGCAGCUUCAUUGGUUUGCAAAGUUUUUCCCCUACCUGGUGCUCUUGCACACUCUUAUCUUUGCAGCCUGCAGCAACUUUUGGCUUCACUAUCCCAGUACCAGCUCCAGGCUGGAGCACUUUGUGGCCAUCCUUCACAAGUGCUUUGAUUCUCCGUGGACCACCCGGGCCCUGUCAGAAACAGUGGCCGAGCAGUCAGUGAGGCCCCUGAAACUCUCCAAGUCCAAGACUUUGCUUUCCACCUCAGGGUGUUCAGCUGACGUUGAUUCCAGCAAGCAGUCAUUGCCCUACCCACAGCCAGGCCUAGAGUCAGCUGGCAUAGAAAGCCCAACUUCCAGUGUCCUGGACAAGAAGGAGGGCGAACAGGCCAAAGCUAUCUUUGAAAAAGUGAAAAGAUUUCGCCUGCACGUGGAACAGAAGGACAUUAUUUAUCGUGUAUAUCUGAAGCAAAUUAUAGUCAAAGUCAUUUUGUUUAUCUUCAUUAUAACUUAUGUUCCAUAUUUUUUAACCUACAUCACUCUUGAAAUUGACUGUUCAAUUGAUGUGCAGGCUUUUACAGGAUAUAAGCGCUACCAGUGUGUCUAUUCCUUGGCAGAAAUAUUUAAGGUCCUGGCUUCAUUUUAUGUCAUUUUGGUGAUACUUUACGGGCUCACUUCCUCCUACAGCUUGUGGUGGAUGCUGAGGAGUUCCCUGAAGCAAUAUUCCUUUGAAGCUCUAAGAGAAAAAAGCAACUACAGCGAUAUCCCAGAUGUCAAGAAUGAUUUUGCCUUCAUCCUCCAUCUGGCUGAUCAGUACGAUCCUCUUUAUUCCAAACGCUUCUCCAUAUUCCUGUCAGAGGUCAGUGAGAACAAACUGAAACAGAUCAACCUCAACAAUGAGUGGACGGUUGAGAAACUCAAAAGUAAGCUUGUGAAGAACUCCCAGGACAAGGUCGAGCUGCAUCUUUUUAUGCUCAGUGGUCUUCCCGACAAUGUCUUUGAGUUAACAGAAAUGGAAGUGCUAAGCCUGGAACUUAUCCCCGAGGUUAAGCUGCCCUCUGCAGUCUCCCAGCUGAUCAACCUCAAGGAGCUUCACGUGUACCACUCGUCCCUAGUGGUGGACCAUCCUGCACUGGCCUUUCUAGAGGAAAAUUUAAAAAUCCUCCGCCUGAAAUUCACUGAAAUGGGAAAAAUCCCACGGUGGGUAUUUCACCUGAAAAAUCUCAAGGAACUUUAUCUGUCAGGCUGUGUUCUCCCUGAUCAGUUGAGUACCAUGCAGUUGGAGGCUUUUCAGGACCUAAAAAACCUGAGGACCCUCUACCUGAAGAGCAGCCUGUCCCGGAUCCCCCAGGUGGUCACAGACCUCCUCCCUUCGCUGCAGAAAUUGUCCCUUGAUAACGAGGGCAGCAAACUGGUUGUGCUGAACAACUUGAAAAAGAUGGUCAAUCUGAAAAGCCUGGAACUGAUCAGCUGUGACCUCGAACGCAUUCCACACUCCAUUUUCAGCUUGAACAACUUGCAUGAGUUAGAUCUAAAGGAAAAUAACCUGAAGACUGUGGAAGAGAUCAUUAGCUUCCAGCACCUUCAGAAUCUUUCCUGCUUAAAGUUAUGGCACAAUAACAUAGCUUAUAUUCCUGCCCAGAUUGGGGCAUUAUCUAACCUAGAGCAACUCUUUCUGGAUCAUAAUAAUAUUGAGAAUCUGCCCUUGCAGCUUUUUCUAUGCACCAGACUACACUAUUUGGAUCUAAGCUAUAACCACCUGACCUUCAUUCCAGAAGAAAUCCAGUAUCUGAGCAAUUUGCAAUACUUCGCCGUGACCAACAACAAUAUUGAGACACUACCAGAUGGGCUGUUUCAGUGCAAGAAGCUGCAGUGUUUGCUUUUGGGGAAAAACAGCCUGACUGAGCUAUCGCCUCACGUGGGGGAGCUGUCGAGCCUCGCUUACCUGGAGCUCACGGGGAACUACCUGGAGACAUUGCCUCCGGAGCUGGAAGGAUGUCAGGCUCUGAAACGCAGCUGCCUGAUUGCGGAGGACAGUCUGCUCAGCACACUUCCUUUCCCUGUGACUGAACGUUUGCAGACGUGCUUAGAUAAAUGUUGACCUGAAGAUCAGGGACCAUGUCUCGAGCAGUUUUGAAAUUAUGUCCCAUGGCUUUAAAGGAGAAGUCAUUUCUUAAGUUAUAAAACUCAAAAAUGGGUGAUGAUUAUGAUCCACCAAAUAUCAUACAAAAGCAACUCAGUGUCUGACCCAAAGUUAAGUAAAAGAGUUAACACUGAACUGGAAUCUUGUAAGUAAUUGAUCUUUAAUUUAUUGCAAUAGAAGUAUACACAGAAUGGAUUGAGGAGGUAAAAUUAUUAAAUGCUUAUGUUUCAGGUCUUACCCUUAAGACUGUAAGUUUCUUUUCUAUCCCUCCAGUCCCUGUCACUUAUUUGCAUACUUGACCUCCUGCUUUGAUAUGCAUCACCAAGAUCACGACUAAUCAAUAUCAAGUUCCUUGAUGUGUGCUCACUACUGUCUGUGAUUUACGUGCUGACAUGUUUUAAGCGGGGUGUAUUAUGCUUGGCAGAAUUCCUUUUGGCUUAAUUUUACUUCUUUUCUCAACUUGAGUCUUCCUUAAUCUGCUUUUCUUUGAACAGCCAUGAGGAGCCCUGAGAAAAAUGCCUGCCUUUGGCCUCUGCCUGGACAGGGUCAUUGAGAUUUGUCGUCUUUGGAAGCAUUCUAAAAACCAAUAUAUUCUCAAGAAUUUCUUCUUGUCUAUUAUCAUCUAAGCCUUUUUUUAUUUGUUAAGAAUUUUAUAUCAAAUAUAAAACGCAAAUGUUUUCUACUGUGUGAUCUUAGACUCUACAUCUGUAAAAAUAAUUUUUGUAAGGUACAGAGCACAUACUUCGAGCACUCGUGACGCCUGCUUUCAUCUGUUGGUGGUUCUCUUGUUUGCGUGCACUCUGCACUCAAAUGAAUUUUGUACUCUGCAACUGAUUACUUUUGGAUAACAAAAGGAUUAUGUUUUAUGCCCUAAAAUGUUUGGGGGUUUCCUUGUGAGAGGAUGACUGCAUCAUCUCCCUCUCCUGCCCUGCUGCUCUGCGAUCAUUUGGGUACAUUU